AUGUCCACCAACACCGAACCCGCGGAACCAUUGCCCAGUCGACAAUCCUGCGACCGAUGUCACGGCCAAAAGCUUCGAUGCUCGCGCAAGAGCCCCGGUAAAACCGAUCCCUGCGUUCGGUGCCUCCGGCAAGGCGCCCGGUGUGUCUAUAGCGCCACGCUGAGAAAAGGCCGUCGUCCGAGUGGCCAUCGCCAAGCCGGCGCUACGUCGAGAUCUCCCGCGGCUGCCGUGCUAUCGGAUCCUGGAGAAAUCGACGGCGGCCCUCUUCUUCCCUUGGACUGCACCGGGGCUGCUGUAUGGCCAUGGGAGCCAACGUCGGUGUGCUUUGGGGCCGACGUCAACCUCGCGGCGGCGGGCGAACUGCCGGGGUCGCUGCCCGAUAUAGACAUGGACUGGGCUCUUGCAACGCCUCUAUUAUCGCACCCGCCUCAUCUAACGCCCCCGCUAGAUCGCAUUGAUGCAGUUCUGGAAGCCUGGGGAACCGAAGAAGCCGCAAAUGUUGGAGAUAACAUCGCACAGCUGUCGGAACUGAGCGUCCGUCUUUAUCCCCUGUAUCGAUCAAGUGGAGUCUUCACCACGAUGCGGCGCUCAAGGGAUCUUCACCGCUCACUGAUUGGGGACUCUCUCUUCGAGUCUAUCGCGGAGUGGUUGGUUCCAGACGGCACUCGGAUAUUGCCUGCAAUGAUGAGCCAGAGCACUGUUCCAUCCCCAAACCGAGGAACUGCGACUAGCACUGGUACAGGAACGAACAUUCUGUACGAAACGCUGUCUGCUUCGCGCCAGCUACUGUGCAUUCUGUGCAGCUUGCAAAUCAGUCAACCCUCUACCCAUGGACGUAAAGCAUCCACGGGGGCGUUGGCCGAUCGCUCCCAUUCUACAGCUGCAAGUCGGAUCCAACCACCUGCUCCUGACAAUUCCGACGAGCUUCUCCUCGAUGCCACAGGCGGAGGUAGCUCUCCUCCUGCUUCAGGACACAUGUCUCUCACGGCAGGAUCUGACCCUGUCAUCCGGCACCUCGUGCUGGCCUGCCACACUCUAAUCCUUAACACCUACAGCGAAAUCCUGGCUACUUUGCAACACGAUGCGGACAUGCAGCAUAGUGGAACUAACCUUCUGGGAGCCGAUCACUCGUCGGACGUCCAGACCCAGUCCCAGGCUGAUCUGCGGAUCGUGAUGGUAGUGCAACUGACUUCCUAUUUCAUUCAACGCCUCUGCCAGGCCGUUGAAGCCAUACUGUCCGCUCUGCCAUCUGCGCAACGAGAUCGUGCAUUGCAUAGGAAUACAACAGGGCCAUCCGGUGCUGCCAGUGGAGCGAUUCGGGAUUUAGAAAUCCAGGUCCAGCAGCGGCUGGUGCGUCUGCAGCAAACCCUUCGUCUUUAG